UUGGUAGUGACUGAAAGCGGUUACCAUCUAAUGACCGACUCUUGGCCUGUGUGAAUUAAGUUGGUGGUCUCAUAUCAGUUCCUAGUGAACAUGUGUCCACAUCACAGAAUCCACCACUACAGACGCUACUUGGUGUCACAUGCAGGAGUGCAGUGUCUGUUUCCUGAGACCUUGCAGGCCACCUCAUUCUUCGGAAUCUCGUAGGCUGGUGUGAGCUCACGUCCCUGUGAAAGGUUUUCCUGGGAAACAUCAUAAAACCUAAACAAGCAACAGAAGUGAAAAGCUGAAGAGGUGCAGCAUGGCUCACAACUGCCUGCAGUGCAUCAAGUACCUAAUGUUUGUCUUCAACCUUCUCUUCUGGCUGGGAGGCUGCGGGAUCCUUGGAGUUGGCAUCUGGCUGGCUGUUACCCAAGGGAACUUUGCUACCCUCUCCUCUUCUUUCCCAUCCCUGUCGGCUGCCAACCUGCUGAUUGUCACAGGGACUUUUGUCAUGAUCAUCGGCUUCGUCGGCUGUAUAGGUGCCAUCAAAGAAAACAAGGGCCUCCUGCUGAGUUUUUUUAUCAUGCUGUUAAUUAUAUUCCUGCUGGAGCUCACCAUCGUGAUUCUGUUCUUCGUCUACACCGACAAGAUUGAUAAGUAUGCUCAGCAGGAUCUGAAAAAAGGGCUUCAUUUGUAUGGGACAGAUGGAAAUAUUGGCCUAACUAAUGCAUGGAGCAUCAUUCAAACAGAUUUCAGAUGCUGUGGAGUCUCAAACUACACCGACUGGUUUGAAGUGUACAAUACUACACGGGUGCCAGACUCGUGCUGCUUGGAAUUCAGCGAGAAUUGUGGACUCCACUCCCCGGGGACCUGGUGGAAAGCUCCGUGUUAUGAGACAGUGAAAAUAUGGCUCCAGGAAAACCUGCUAGCAGUGGGGAUCUUUGCCCUGUGCACAGCUUUGGUUCAGAUUCUUGGACUGACCUUCGCAAUGACCAUGUAUUGCCAGGUAGUCAAGGCAGACACCUACUGUGCAUAGAAACCAUCUCAAGCCUCUAUGUUUCGCCUCAAAAGGACAUAGGAGAAAGCUCCUUCAUGUUCAUUCAUCUGAUCUUUUUUCUAUGUAAGAUAAACUGUGUAUAAUCCUAUAUCUCUGAAGAUUUUGUAAAUCACCCUAGUUUAUUGAGGGAGGAAAAAAGGGAUGGAAAAAAAAGCCAAGAGAAGAUCAGUACUUGGAUUGGCAUAGGCAGGAGGAAGAAGCAGUGUCUUUAAAAAAAAAAUGCACCAACGUAACAGAAGAAAACAGUUUCCUUUGCAUGGACUGAAUAUGCUGCUUAAGAGGAGCUGGUCUGCAAACCAGUGCUAGCAUAGUCUGCAGACACUGAAAAGAGCUCCAGGAAUCCAGAAAGGUUUCCUUCCAGAAUAUAUCAUGGGCUGAUGUGUGUGUGGGGUAGGGGAGGAGUGGAAAGUUAACUAGCCUUCCAUAUUGAAAAAAGAAGGCGUGGAAUAGCUAAUAUUGCUGGAACUGUCAUUUUACUACGAUUUGUCUUUGUAUGCAGCUAGUGUCACAGCAAGCCUCCAAACUGUCUCAAGCAGAUUUUUGCAGCCAGGCGUGGGUCAUCUUCAGAAGUGUUUUUAGUUUCAUGUGCUCUGAAGUCAGGAGCUAAUCAGGAUCUGAGUAAUGAGAUCUGCCUGGUAAGGGAAAAAAGUCUUAAUGGCUAUUGUGUCACUUAUUAAUUUGCAGUGGUACAGAACCAAUAAGGGUGUACGUGUAUGAUAGAUUCAUAGACAUUUACCAUUCUGAAGGAAGGUAAAAUAACCCUGCAUCUCACCUCAGAAGAUGGAAGCUUUCUACCCCAUUUCACAUUCCAAGUGAACAAAUACUCAAAGGGAAAUAAUAUUAUUUCUUGUAGGAGACACUAUCACUAUUACCUCUGGGGAAACAAGUAAUUACUUUCAGCUGUAUCUUCAUUUCUGUAAACAACUUGUGAGUGGGCUUUCUCUGUCACUCUCCUAUGGUUUUAUUUUUUCCAUUCCUGUUUCAAGUCAGUCUACCAGCAACUAUCACUCAUUUCUGCACUUAAAGAGCUGUCAGCUGUUUCUUCAUUGAAUGUCAUUAAUUUUCCCUGGGAUAGUAUCAUCUGCAGAUAGUAUAGGGUUUGCCUUGUCAAAGAAACAUGUGUUACACAGUGCUUAAGCCUUUAGCAUUUCUAAGCAGGAAAACAUCUCAACUACUUAUUUACAACAUCUAAGGAAAAUGGUUCCCAGUGGGAACUGGAGUCAACUUUCAAGCUUUUUCCUCUCCCCUUGUGCAGGCUUGCUCAGUAGCAACACCUGGCCCUGCUGGAAUUUGCAAAACAAGCAUCAGUCACAACUCCUAAUUGCAGGAAAACAAAUUCCGUGUGUGUUCCCCCAGUGCCAUAAUUGAAGAGAAUGUGUGAAUUGUGCUUUGAGGAAAUUUUAAUUGAAUUGUAAGAAAACUUUUCAUCCAGCAA